AUGGCGUCUCUAAGUCAAAUUACCCUCCCAGGCGCGCCGUCAUCGGAGUUUGGCCUUCUACGCCGUCGAUUUGAUCGGCAAAUCAAAACCCGUAUCGGAUUCAACGGCCGGGUAGCGAGCGUAUUGACAAACGCAGGCGAAAAAGCGGUGGUGUCGGUGAAGUCGAGCGUGAGCCAGAAUGUGAUUGAAGAGGAGGCGAAAGUUCUCGUGGGUACCUACGCUCGAGCUCCGGUGGUGAUCUCAUAUGGAAAAGGUUGUAAAUUGUUCGACGCAGAAGGGAAAGAGUAUCUGGAUUGUGCUUCUGGAAUCGCUGUGAAUGCUCUUGGCCAUGGAGAUCCUGAUUGGCUUCAAGCUGUCAACGAGCAAGCUGCUGCUCUUGCUCAUGUCAGCAAUCUCUAUUACACGAUUCCUCAGAUAGAACUUGCGAAACGCCUGGUGGCGAGUUCGUUCGCGGACCGUGUAUUCUUUUGUAACUCCGGAACGGAAGCCAACGAAGCAGCCAUCAAGUUCUCAAGAAAGUUCCAGAGAUUCACUCACCCUGAAGACAAAGACGUCGCAACAAGCUUCAUCGCAUUUACAAACAGCUUCCAUGGAAGAACCAUGGGAGCUCUUGCCUUGACAAGCAAAGAACAAUACAGAACUCCUUUUGAACCAAUCAUGCCCGGUGUAACAUUCGUGGAAUACGGUAACAUCCAAGCCGCUACAGAGCUUAUCAGCUCAGGUAAAGUAGCUGCUGUGUUUGUGGAACCUAUUCAAGGAGAAGGAGGGAUUUACUCUGCUACGAAAGAGUUUCUCCAGUCUCUUCGCUCUGCGUGUGAUGCUUCUGGAUCGCUUCUCGUCUUCGAUGAGAUUCAAUGUGGUUUGGGUCGAAGUGGUAAGCUUUGGGCAUACGAAGCAUUCGGUGUGACUCCUGAUAUACUGACGGUUGCGAAGCCGUUAGCCGGUGGUUUACCGAUCGGAGCAGUGCUUGUGACUGAGAAAGUUGCAGGGGCCAUAAGUUACGGAGAUCACGGAAGCACGUUUGCAGGGAGCCCACUUGUGUGCAGUGCAGCGAUCGCUGUUCUCGAUAAAGUAUCGAAACCUUCUUUCUUGUCCAGUGUUGCAAGCAAAGGUCGAUACUUUAAGGAGAUGUUGGUGAAGAAGCUUGGAGGGAACACGCACGUGAAGGAAGUGAGAGGAGAAGGGCUUAUCAUAGGUGUGGAGCUCGAUGUUCCGGCGAGUUCGUUGGUGGACGCUUGCCGUGAGUCGGGUCUUCUGAUAUUGACGGCGGGGAAAGGGAAUGUCGUUAGGAUUGUUCCGCCGUUGAUUAUAUCGGAGGAGGAAAUCGAACGUGCGGUUGAGAUUAUAUCCCACAAUUUAACUGCGCUUGAUUGA